GUCAGCUGUCACAGCUGAAUUUUAUGUAAUUCAAAAUAAUAUUUAAAAUUCCAAAUUAUUCUUUUCAUCCAACUAAUAACCAACCGUUAAACACACAUAAAACAAUUAAAAAACCAAAAUGGGCACUGUCCACGCGAAGGCAAACCAGCACGAUAUUGGCGACUCUGGCGGCGGUCUGUUUGUCUUUGAAGAGCCAGUCGAAAUGGGCGAGGAACCAAUACCAAAACCCACCAUCAAAUUAGAUGGAGUAAGAGCUCGUGUUGAUAGAGUGCACGUUGAUGGUUUGAAUCGUACAAAAGAUGACAUUAUAAAGAAUACCAUCGACGACCUAUUUCACGCAACUGAUUUUGAGGAUGUUAUUGUUAGAGCUCACAAGGUUCGUCGCGCCCUCGAUUCAAUGGGUUGUUUUCGUGACAUCGGUGUGUUCAUAGAUGUAUCGUCCGGACCUGGAUCCACACCCGAAGGACUGGAGGUUACGUUUCAAGUUAAAGAGCUAUCUCGCGUCAUCGGUGGAAUAAACACAACAGUCAGCGAGAACGAGGGCAAUUUGGUUUUAGGUGUAAAAAUGCCAAACAUCGCCGGCCGCGGGGAGAAGCUUCAAGCGGAAUACAGCAUGGGCUAUCGAAGCACAUCGAAUUUCAAUGUCACCGCUACCAAACCGUAUCCUCAUAAACCCCUCGUGCCUAUUGUAUCAGCGUCAGUUUAUCAGCAGACCCACGAGUAUCCCUGGUCGGGGUACCGGCUGCUCGAUCGGGGUCUGCUAAUGGAUUUGGCCUUCAAGAGUUCGCCAACGACAAAGCACAACCUUCAGUGGGAGGGCCUGGUGCGCGAGACGGCGGCUCUCAGCAAGACGACCAGCUUCAAAGUCCGCGAGAGCAGCGGUCCUCAAAUGAAGUCGAUAUUGCGACACAUCGUGACGGUGGACCACCGGGACGACGCGAUCUUCCCGAGCCAGGGCUCGUGGGUGCAGUUCAGCAGCGAGCUGGCCGGGCUGGGCGGGGGUGUGGCUCACCUCAAGACCGAGCUCCAAGCGCAGCAGAACUACGAAUUGAUCGAGGACAUAGUAUUGCAGCUCUCCGGAGCCGCAGGGGUUCUGCACGACAUGUUCGGGACGGAGAUACCUGAUCAUUUCUUCCUCGGUGGACCCACGACGCUCAGAGGUUUCCAGCAGCGAGGGGUGGGGCCGCACUCGGAUGGGCAGGCCACUGGUGGAAAGGUGUACUGGGCGGCGGGUGCGCACGUGUACGCGCCGCUACCCUUCCUUCGGAACAAGAACGGGAUCUCGUCCCUGUUCCGGUCGCAUUUCUUCGUGAACGCCGGCUGUCUGGCGGCGCCCGAUAAUGGUUUAACGAAUUGGGAAUGGGCGAAUUCCGCGCGCGUGUCGUGCGGCGCCGGCGUCGCGCUGCGGCUGGGCAGCGUGGCGCGGCUCGAGCUGAACUACUGCGCGCCGCUGAAGGCCCGGACCAACGACUGCACCGCCCACGGCCUCCAGUUCGGGCUCGGAGUGCACUUCUUGUAGAGAGUUUUAUUGUGAAGUUGAAGCAGCAUCAGCGUCGGACAUUGUCGAUAAAAACCAAGAAUUUAUUUAUUGUAUCAGUUUUAAUUGUGAAUAAAUUAGAAAUUUAACGUGUUGUUUGAA